AUGGGUCUGAUCCGUGCUAUCCAGCUAGCCCAAAGAGCACCAAGUCGAAGCUUAGCAAACCGAGCCUACUCGACAUCAAGCGCUCGACCGUUCAUAAUCACCUCCACCCUCUUCUCGCCCACGCCCGACUUUUUGGCCUCACACCUCGCGUCCAACCCCGCCCCGACCGACUCCCUGACGCUCUAUACCAUCUGUACGACCCUUCCCUCCCUCCCCGGGCUUCUUCCGCACCUCCAACGGCUGCCCAACUCCAUCGGCUCAUUCUCGCAUCCCCGACCGGUCCAAGCCGGGCAGAACCAGCCGUACAUCUCCCUUGCGCAUUUCCCGCGGAAUGGGGGCUCAGUAUUCCAUACAGCGCUGACGGGGAGACGGCCCGUAGAGGUGGGGCGAUGGCACAGGCCUCAUCCGGACGGAGUGGGGAAGGAGGAUCUGAAGGGUGGGGAGAUGGGCGAUUUGGGGGAUGUACGGGGCGCGGGUCUGGGAGGGUGGGGAGAGGCCUGGGAGGCGGAUGCGGGAGCGGCGGAUGAGAGGGUCCAAGGUCUCGAGGGUGUAGACGCGCAGACCAUCCUGCUCUUGACGGAUGCCUCGCCUCGACCGGUGUUGAGAGCUCUUGAUGCUCAGUUCCCACAUGCGGUCAAGGCGGGCCUUCUCACUGCGCCCACGCCCUUCAUCACUGGUCGGCCUCACACGCUCCUCCUGAAUGACAAAAUCCACAAUACAGGCGCGGUUGGGCUAGCACUCCCAUACAAGCUGGACGUGGGCGUCGAGUUUGGCCUAGAACCCAUGGGCGAGCCUAUGGUCGUUGAUCGAUCACAAGGCAACAUGUUGCUAUCGCUCGUAUCUCAUCCUAAUCCCGCACAAAUCCUGAUCUCUGCAAUUCAGAAACGAGGCGGCGCCGGCCUGAUCAGCAAGGAAGAGGACUUUUAUCUCGCUCUUUUGAACCCAGCGAGCGAGGGCGGGGGCAUAAGGGAGGCUGUCAAGAUUAUGGGUGGGGAUCCGGGCAAGGGGGCCUUGAGUCUAGAGAUGGAGGAUUCGUUGGUGCAGGGACAGGCUGUCCAGUUUAUGCAGAAAUCGUCUUUACCGACAAGCUUACCCCUGUCGCCGUCAAGACUAAGCUUUGGGGCUCUGGCGAGGUCUGACGAUCCCGAUUCAGAGGACAGCGAUGCGGCACAGCGGAAACCGAGGGUCGAAGAGGGGUUCAUGGGGUUGAGCGAAGCUGGGUUUUUGUAUUCGGUAAGAGGCAGAUCAGCAAUGGGUACUGCAGGGGGUGGAUUUGCUGUACUGAGAUGA